GGAGAAGGAGAAGAAGCCGAAGGCCCCGAGGACGCUGAUCACUGCUGAAGGACGAGUCCUGAACGUCAACGAGCCAAAGCUGGACUUCUCUCUCACUGAAGAUGAAGACAACAACACCAUCGUGUUAAACCUGGAAGUGUACAGACACAUGGACACCUCCUUGAUCGACGUGGACGUCCAGCCGACGUACGCCAGAGUCAAAGUCAAAGGAAAGAUCUUUCAGAUGGUCCUGCCGGCCGAAGUGAAGCCCGACAGCUCGACAGCUCAGAGAUCCCAAACCACGGGACACCUGGUCCUCAGCAUGCCCAGAACUGAAGGUGAAAUCAAAGUGACGAAGACCGUCGCACGUCCGCCCGGAGGAAGUCAAACCCGACGCAGCAGCAGCAGCAGCAGCAGCAGCAGCAGCAGCAGCUUGCCUUGGGACAGUAAACGAAGACACAACGGUCCUGAGAGGCUGGAGGUGGACCCCAGCAAGCACACGGCCGUCGACUUCGCUAACAUCGUGCGACGCCAGACCGCCGAAGAAGGUCCGCUGGAAGCGUCCAGGACGGCUCCGCCCACCGCCGCCGCUCACUGCAGCUUCUCCGACGGGUUCGUGGACGACCCCGAUGUCCCCCCGCUGGUAUAAGACUCUGAGACAAAGCACUGCCCGCUCAGCAUGGACGCGUCUGUUCUCUCAGCCUUUUGUUUCUGAGGUUCUUCAAACCCGUAGCCGUUCAAGUUAAACGGUAAGUAGGCUGCCAAGUUCAGCACUGUUCAAACUACUGAGAGUAGAAGAGUUCUAGAGAUGCUACCAGCAGUUGAUUGAGCCUUUAGAGAACUUUCUGUUUCCUCUCACAGCUCACAAAAACCAACAAUAAACCUCCAAACCACGGACGGUGUUUCCCAGCAUUUAGCUUCUGCUGACUUCCCAUCUUAGAAAAUGUGUUUACUGAUUACCAGCUCCGGAAAAUAUUGGAAACUCCAUUCAAAGAAACUGUAAAUAUCAACGUUAACUCCUGGGAUCUUGUUUAUUUAUUCCUCAUGUAUAGUGAGUUAUUGUUGUGGAACAAUAUCCUUAAUAAAUUCAAAAAUGGACGGGAGACCAUCUUGUGAACACGACAAUAAAUCAAAUCUUCAUGGAGAGAAUCAAACUUGUCUUUCUUCGUGCAGAUGUUUUUGUGUUUUUGCAGCUGAAAGCUGUAAAAUCGAUGAGCCCGGUUGCUGCUGCCGGCGGCCCCUUCGUGUGUUUUGGGAGCCGUUGUACUUUCGUCCCGUUGAGUUUUUUCUUGCUCCUCUCGAGCUGAUAUCCUGCCAGACUUUGAUGGGCGAGGCCCAGAGGUUCUGAAGCUCGCUCAUCUCUCCUUGAAACUCCGCUGAGGUCUCCUCACUCUUUGCUUUCCUUCCGGAGCUGUCACCCCGAACAAGCUCGGAGGUCACGACUCCCUCCUCGAGCAGCUCCGAGCGCCGUUACAGCCGCAGAGCCUCCAGAGAUCGUUUUGGCUUCGGACCAUUUUUCCCUCCUGACAGAUCUUCUCUCCUCAUGCCAGAGUUCUAUAUUUGGACUGCGUGGCUCGUAUCGUCCUGGAGAUUUUCAUCCUUCUGGUAUUUUGCUGUGUGAAAAACGGCUCGUCCAGAAAGAGUGGAUGUAAUCUAAUACUUGUCUAUGAAUCCAGAUUCAGUCAUUUAGAUUUGAGCCUGCUUUUUAACAUAUGUAUUCUGUGUUGUAUCAUGGAUAUAAUGUAGUAUGAGUAUCAGUAUCAAUACUGUGGAUUGGUGGUGUGGUGACCAGUACGUAACAUCACAUAGCAGUGUAAAAGUGAACCAACAAGAACACUGCUCCUCUUUAUUCACGGUUACAAUCAUUGAUAUCCGGCUCUAUGGAGCAGAGCCGGAUGUUUUUCGGACGCUGGUCGAAGCCAAACAUUCUAGUCAUCAUGACGUCACUCGUUGGUUUGUGGACUGACGUUUUGAAGCCUCGAGUCCGGCAAUUUCACCGUCGCCAUUUUGGAUUUCGUCCGUCGCCAUGUUGUGUUUUUUUGCAGCCAGUGAACAGGAAGUGACCAUAU